AUGUCGAAGAGAUCGGAGGCUCCCCUUUCCCUGUCUGACUGCCUGUGCCAGAUUUGCAUGGAGAUUUUUGUGGAGCCUGUGACCCUGCCAUGCAACCAUACCCUCUGCAAUUCCUGUUUCCAGCUGACUGUUGAAAAGGCCAGUCUUUGCUGCCCUUUUUGUCGCCGCCGGGUCUCUUCCUGGGCGCGCUACAACGCCCGCAGAAAUACUCUCAUCAACUGGGAGCUCUGGGAAAAGAUUCAGAAGAAUUACCCAGAGGAGUGCGAACGUAGGAUUAAUGGGCAGGAUCUGGAAGAGGAAAUCUGUGUCCCCCAUCCUCAACACCAGCUGAGCAAGCCUGGGGAACUGAGGCAGGAGUAUGAAGCAGAGAUUAGCAAGGUGGAGGCAGAAAGACGAGCACAUGAGCAAGAGGAGAACAAGGCCAGUGAGGAAUACAUUCAGAAGCUCCUAGCAGAGGAAGAGGAGGAACAACACAGGCUGGCAGAGGAGAGACGGCGGGAGAUGGAGGAACAACUGAAGCAGGAUGAAGAGCUGGCCUGGCAGUUGAAUAACAGCCUGAAUGACAGUUCCCAAGGACACGUGCUCAGGAGUCCAUCCCCAGCAAGCAGGCUCUCAUCUGAAGCAUCCCCAGCUAAUUCGUGCAAGAUGAAGAAUAAACCAAACAACCCAGGAGACAUUCAGAAGUAUCUGUCUCCAAAGCUUCAUCAUACAUUGGGAUCAGCAUCAUUUUCUAGAACAACAGAAAGAGGCAGGAGGGACUCAGGCUUUGUGGAGACCAGUAGCAACGAAGGCAACAGUUCUGCGUGGCAAGAUGAGCAAGAGGAGAUGCCAACACUGUCUCCACAGCAGACUGGUGUGAUUAAAGAUUCCAGUGCUAAGGAUUCAUUUUUGGAAUCGUGCAUGAACUAUUUCAGUGCUUCAGCUUCAGAGGAAACUGUUGCUGUCAAGCAGGAAAACACAUCAGGACCAGAUGGUCUAGGAGAUGAAGUUCUAGAUGUACUUCAUGGAAUUUCAAAAAGGUCUAGAACAGUUCUUCAUAGAUCCAAAGGAGAAGAUGAUGGAACUGACACAGACAGUGCCAGUUCAACAGGUAUAGAAAGCAUAAAGCUUGAAAACUCUGCUGAAACUUGUACCCAUGUUCAGUCAGCAACAAAUGCUGUGGUGUCUGACAGGGAAAGUGUAGUGUGUGAUCUCAGGAGGGUGGCAGGGCACUUAGAUGGAGAGACACCAGAAGGACCCCAGAACUCUAAGGACACUCCAAAAAGAAAGUUGCUGGAGCCACCAGCUGAAGCAGUGGUUGACUUGUGCGUCCUUGAUAAGAGGAGAAGAACUUUUCCAGAAAGUUUAGAGGACCAAGGGGAGCAGCUAAAUGAUUUUGACUUGCAAAUGCACAAAGCCCUUGAGCAGGAGUUCUACAAGAGGCGUAUGCAAGAGGAGCAGGACAGGUGUCUGGCUCUGCAGCUGCAAAAACAGAUCAACAAGGAGGAGAGGACACUGAAUCGACAGAAGGGCUCCCCAGACGAGUACCUUCUGCGCACCAAGCCACCCCAGUUUGGGAAAGGCUCUCCUGCUAGGAAGGGGAACUCUAAGAUGGCAAAAGAGUCCAAAGUACCAAAAAACCGGGCUGAAACAAAUCACCGCAAGACUCGGAGAGGCUCUUGCAAUGAAAACUGGCAGUCCUCUACUAGGGUCAGGAUGAAAUCCCCCAGCAUCAAGGGAGGAAAAGUUUUGAAUUGUGUGGUUAAUACCAGUGAGUCAAAUGACCUUUGCUCAUUACCUAAGAAUAAGCAAAAGACAAUCCUUCAAAUGUUUAAAAGCCCUGUUGCAGAGUAG